AUGUUUCUUGUACUUAAUGAACUCAAGAAUGUAGGUGAAGACAGACUUGCAAACUUCAACGCUUUGAAAUCAAUUAUUACGGAUAAUGAGAUUAGAAUUAAUGAAAAGAAUCAACCCAGAAGAACAGCUCAGAAUGUUGCCAAUUUCAUUUUCGUAACUAAUAACGUCUACCCCGUCAAAAUUGAAGUUGGAGACAGAAGAUACGUAGUUUUAAGGGUUAAUGGUAAAUUCAAGGGUCAAUUUGAUUACUUCAAGAAUUUAAUGGAUUCAUGCACUAAGGAAUUUUAUGAUAACCUUUUAACAUAUUUUAUGCAAUAUGACCUUUCAUCAUUUAAUGUACGAAUCAUACCGAUGACUGAAGCCAAACAAGAUUUAAUUGAAUUAUCAUCAAAUCCUUUAGAUGUAUGGAUAAAUACACAUUAUGAUGAAUUGUGUGCAGGUAUGACGUGUGAAAAUGCUUUAUUCUGCAAACCAUCAGACAUGAAAGACAAGAAUUUCCAAAUGAGCAUUAAGGAUAAAUGUGAUAGGAAACAGAGAAGAAUAGAUGGUAAACAAACAUGGUGUUAUGUUUUGAAAGAAGAAAUGAAAGGAUUAUAUAAACAGGUUGAACCAAACGAUAAUGAGGAUUCAUUUACUGACGAUGAAAUACCUGUAAAUGAGGCAGUAUAA